AUGUUCGGGGUUGGUGGUUUGCAGGUGAUUGUGUCAAGGCGGGCUCCGGCCAUCAUGCGACGAUGGCUGUGGUCGAGAAAAGCUUUUAAUUUUGACCUUCAUUCCUCUUCUCGUCUUGGAGCUGGGCUUGGAGGGGUCCCCAAGUGGCGGCUCCUGGCGCGGGUUAUGUGGGUUCGUGGCCUUCAGGGUGGGCUGGGGGUGGAGUUAAUCGCGAGUCUACAGGGGUUGUACCGAUGGUGGCCACUCGGUAGGUCAUUGAUCCGGUUAGAUGGGUUUCAGUGCCGGGGGCUCUCUUGGAUCUUGAAUCGAGUGUUGCAGAUGCGGAGUGCGCUCGGGGGGAAGAGAGGGCUGUAG